CCGUCCAAUCGGAGAGCUCUAUUUCUUUUAGCUUCUUUGAUGAUAUAAUGCAGGAAAGGGCGUGUUAAUAAUUCAUCGACUCACUAGGACUAUCACUGCCAACCAUCACUGCCAACACGUUUUCGACCGGACAAUCUUCAUAAAGAUGGAUUUUAGAAUUCUGCUUGCAAGCUGCAUUAUAGCAGUGGCAUACGCCACACCGAAGACAGAAGAAAAGAGGAGCGCUAAUCCAUGUGGGAUGAGCUGUCCUAUGUCAUGCGCACCAACCUGCUCACCGUCAUGUUGUAUGGCCUCACCACCCCCACCAGCAAUGAUCCCCGGACCUCCCGGACCCCCAGGGUGCAUGGGACCCCCCGGAUCUCCCGGAUGUAUGGGACUUCCCGGAUGUAUGGGCCCUAUGGGCCCGAUGGGACCCCCCGGAUCUCCUGGCUGCCCCGGAUUACCCGGAGCACCUGCUCCACCCGCUCCUCAAUGCCCACCGAUCUGUAUCCAUCACUGUAUGAAGAUCUGCCCCAUGCCAUGCUGCUCCCCACCACCACCCCCACCGGUUAUCUACUACCCUCCACCACCCCCACCGAUGCCUGUAUGCAUGCCGUCUUGUGCACCUGCGUGCUGUGGAAAGUAGGGAGGUCCCUGUGUGAUACGCUGAAUAUUCGACUAGAGCCCUACCUUUAGCGACUCAAUACCUAUGAAAGAUAUCGGUUGAGAUCUCAUCUUCUUAUGUACAGUAAAUGUAAUAAAAGAAUAUGCAAAACUGA